GGAGUGGUCAGGGGUUGGGAGUGGGUCUGGAUUUGGAUCCUGGUYGGGAUUUGGGUCUGGUUCUGAAUUCGGAUCUCGGUCUGGAUUUGGUGCUUGGUCUAAAAUUGAAUCUGMAUCUAGUUCUGAAUUUGACUCAGAGUCUGAAAUCAGACAUGGGUCUCAAAUUAGACCUGUGUCUGGAAUUGGUUUUGGGUCUCAAUCUGGAUCUAGCAUUGCAUCUGGAUCUGAACCAGGAGCCUYUAUGUGGGAUAGCCAGGAGGGAACAGUUUUACCCACAGACCUCAUCGGUUUAGCAGAGAAUGUCAAUGUGCUUGCAGGGAAAGAGAAUGAGAUGCUGGGUAUUACCCAGGUGGACCAGGCAGAAAGUGUUUUGGAUGAGCACAACAGAACAGCUGAGUGGAAUGCUACGGUUUUCCCCAUAGACAGUCAGCCUGUCCCAAGUGUUAAUACCUCUCUUGAGACAACUCCCAGUAGCAGCAGUAGCAAUAGAGUAAUUAACAGUAGCUCUAGUUGGAACGCCAAUAAUUUUAAAUCGACAGAGUAUUCUGAUGAAUACACUGUCUCAGGUGAUUUUCUAACCCCUUUUGACAGCAACCGUUCUCUCUUAGCUACGAGUGAGACGCCGGYCCCGGAAUCCCCACGUUGCUUUCCAAUAGAUUUCCAUUUGCCUUUCUGCAAAUCCAUGGGUGGCGACAGCUUUGUGUUGCCCAACUAUUUCAAUCACAGCAGCGUGAAGGAGGUCCGGGCUGUUUUGGGCUCUUGGGCGUGGCUCUUGAGGUCCCGCUGCCACCAUAGCCUGGAGUGGUUUUUCUGCCUGCUGCUGGUGCCCAGGUGCCCCCGGGGACUGCCACUGCUUUGGCCUUGCCGUAGCUUCUGCGAGGCCCUGCAGGACAGCUGCUGGACAGUCCUCGAUGAGGGCAGCCUCCCUAUGGAGUGCCACUCUUUACCUGAUGAGGACGAUGGGUAUCAGUGCUUGUCAGUUGGUAACCAGAAAGAUGAGAACGGUAUCUCACUCCUGCAACUGAUCGGGGACCCUCCCCCAGACGAGAUCACCAAGAUCUAUGGUCCCGACAACAGCCCCGGCUACGUCUUCGGUCCCGACGCCAACACGGGCCAGUUGGCACGUGCCCAUCUUCCCAGCCCCUUCUACCGGGACUUCUCCCUCCUCUUCAACCUGAAGCCCCAGUCCACCAAGGGCGGAGUCAUAUUUUCGGUCACAGACGUCUCGCAGAAGAUCAUGUAUGUGGGCGUCAAGCUGUCGCCGGUCAAGGCGAGCAAGCAGAAUGUCAUCUUCUACUACACGGAGCCCGACUCGCAGGUGUCGUACGUGGCGGCCACCUUCCCCGUGCACAACCUGGCCGACCAGUGGAACCGCUUCUCCAUCUCCGUGCUGGACGACAAGGUCACCUUCUACAUCAACUGCGACGACCAACCCCAGGUGGUACGCUUCGAGAGGUCCCCGGAUGAGAUGGAGCUGGAGGCCGGAGCCGGGGUGUUCGUGGGCCAAGCCGGAGGGGCCGAUCCCGAUAAGUUCCUGGGGGUGAUUGGGGAGCUGAGAGUUGUUGGAAACCCCCGGGCUGCUGAAAGACAGUGUGAGGAGGAAGGGGACGACUCGGAUGUGGCUUCAGGAGAUGGCGGAAGUGGCGAUGUGGAAGGGGAACUGGACGUGAAGAAGAAAGGCCCGGGUACUUUCAAAUGGGACGCGGAGGUACAAAAACAUGUGUGGGUUGAGGACGACAGACCGACAGUUACGACUACCCCUCCAUCGUCACGCCCGAUUCAGCAGCCCCCGGUGACCCGGCAACAACCAGAGGUGUCUCCCAAGAAAGAGACUGGCCCAGGUGGAUCUAGAGGAGAGAAGGGCGACAGAGGAGAGAAAGGAGACAGGGGUCCUUUCGGUCCAAAGGGAGAUUCUGGGUCUGAGUCGGGCACACGAGGAGGGGCACGUGGAGAGAAGGGAGUGCCUGGAGAAAAGGGACUGAAGGGAAAAGCAGGCUUCGGAUACCCUGGGUCGAAGGGCGACCCCGGCCCCGCUGGUCCCCCCGGACCACCAGGCUCCCCGGGGUCCGCGGCUGAGGUGGUAUCACGUGGCGACAGCUCCGGGAUUCCGACGGUUGCGGGUCCCAGAGGACCAGCUGGAACUCCGGGACCUGCAGGCCCUGAGGGACCCGCAGGAGCCGCCGGAGAGCCUGGUGAUCCUGGUGAAGAUGGAUCUCAAGGCCUUGUUGGACCGCCAGGCUUCCCUGGAACCCCAGGAGACUCUGGGCUCAAAGGAGAGAAGGGUGACCGUGGUGAGGGCCAGCCGGGCCCCAGUGGACCUCCCGGACCCCCAGGACUCCCAGCGCCAUCCAGUCAUGACCGGCCGACCUUUGUGGACAUGGAAGGCUCUGGGUUCCCUGACUUGGAGACUCUUCGGGGACUGCCUGGUUUGCCCGGCCCGCCUGGACUCCCCGGGGCCCCAGGUCCUGCCAUUGUUGGCACAGGGCUCUCUAGCUCGUUUGGCCCCCGAGGUCCCCCAGGACAAGAUGGUGCCCCUGGUCAACCGGGGUUACCCGGCCGACCUGGUACUGAUGGUCGCCCAGCAGUUGCAGGGGCCAGGGGAGAGAAGGGUGACCCAGGUGAACUCGGUCUUCCGGGAGCAGUCGGCGCAAAGGGCGCACAGGGAUUGACUGGCAUCCCUGGUCAGCCAGGACAGGGCGGAUUGGCUGGCCUUCCUGGACCAAUGGGACCAGUGGGACAACCCGGGCCGCCAGGACCCCCCGGACCAAGCUAUCACGCUGGCUUUGAUGACAUGGAAGGCUCUGGUGUGGGAGUGGCCAAUGGGGUUCCUGGAGCCCGAGGGCCAGACGGGCRACAGGGUACUACUGGCAUCCCUGGCCUACCGGGAAAGCCUGGUUUCCCUGGUGCUGCUGGCGAGAAGGGAAGUGAAGGACUACAAGGAAGAGAUGGCCGACCAGGGUUGGACGGUUUCCCUGGACCUAAUGGACAAAAGGGGGACAGAGGAGAAAGAGGCGAAACUGGUCGUGAUGGAAACGGACAGCCUGGACCACCAGGCCCACCCGGCCCACCUGGACAAAUAAUCUACCAGACCUCCAGCAGCUAUGAUGGUGUCGUUGGAGGAGCUGGGCCCCAGGGUGGAACUGGUCUACCUGGCCAAGCUGGAUUCCCUGGUCCCAUUGGAUCAAAGGGUGACAUGGGAGACCCAGGCCAGCCCGGUUAUGGAGUCAAGGGCGAGAAGGGCGAGCCUGGAUUAAUAAUCGGGCCUGAUGGGAGUCCUUUGUACCUGGGAGAAUUGUCGGGUGAGAAGGGAGACAGAGGACCUGCUGGACCCGUUGGGCCUCCUGGGCAGUAUGGACCUUCUGGGAUAAAGGGUGAAUUUGGAAUGCCCGGAAGACCUGGUCGUCCUGGUGUAAACGGAUACAAGGGUGAAAAAGGAGAGCCAUCCACAGGUGCCGGAUUUGGCUACCCAGGUGUCCCAGGCCCACCCGGGCCCCCAGGGUCACCCGGACCAGCUGUGCCUGUGGACCGCUUCAACGGAUAUGACGCCUCAAGGAAUUAUCCAGCGACAAAGGGGGAGAAAGGUGAUCACGGAGCUCAAGGUCUCCCAGGAACGCCAGGUGUGGCCUCUAACUUAGACAUAUUCACAUUCAAGAAUGACCUGAAAGGAGAGCGUGGGGAUUCUGGCAUGAAGGGGGAGAAGGGAGAGCCAAGUGGUGGCUAUUAUGACCCCCGUUUUAGAGGACAACAAGGCCCACCAGGACCCCCUGGAAACCCAGGACUUAUGGGUCCAAAAGGAGAUUCAAUCAUGGGCCUCCAUGGUCCCCAGGGCCCACCAGGCUCCCCAGGGAUCGGCUACGAUGGUCGUCCAGGAAUCCCAGGCCCAACAGGUCCUCCCGGGCCCCCAGGGUCCUCCUCACUACCAGGGGCCUAUAGACCUAACCACUCCAUCAAUAUUCCUGGCCCCCCCGGACCUGCUGGACCACCUGGAACUCCUGGUCACACUUCAGGGGUGACAGUUCUGAGGUCAUACGACACCAUGAUUGCUACUGCAAGACGCCAGUCGGAGGGCACCCUCAUCUACGUUGUCGACAAAACAGAUCUCUACAUCCGAGUCCGCGAUGGAUUCAAACAAGUCCUGCUCGGUGACUACAGUCCCUUCUACAGAGAUCUGGACAACGAAGUAGCGGCAGUCCAGCCUCACUCUGUCGUCAACUACCCCCAGUCCCAGGAUCACUCGGCCAACAAUGGAGCUGAACACUUCUCCCAAGGCGGUACCGCCACCCACCCCAUCAAGCCUCCUCCUCGCAAGCCUGCGGAGAUCCCCAGGCCUGCCAAACCCGACAACCGCAACCCCGACCCCAGAUAUCCCCCUCAGUACGACCCCAGAUAUCCCCCUCAGACUGACGCUAGGUACCCCCCUCAGACAGAUGGCCGCUACAGCCCUGUGCAGCCUGAGAACAGGUAUCCCUCCCAGCCCGAAAGACGAUAUCACAUCACCCCCCAGAGACAACCUGUUCCCCCUCCAGUUCCCCAGCCUGCCGGUCACGUCCACACAUCAGGGCCAGGACUCCACCUGAUCGCCCUGAACAUGCCCCAAAUGGGCAACAUGCGGGGCAUUCGUGGGUCAGACUUCCUGUGUUUCCAGCAGGCCCGUGCUGUGGGCCUGAAGGGAACCUUCAGGGCUUUCUUGUCCUCCAAGCUCCAGGACCUCUACAGCAUUGUUCGCAAGUCCGACAGAGACAGCCUCCCCAUCAUAAACCUGAAGGACCAAGUGCUGUUUAAUAGCUGGGAGUCUAUGUUCAGUAAGACUGGGAGCAGGAUGAAGGAAAAUGCACCAAUCUACUCCUUUGAUGGCCGAGAUAUCCUUAGGGACAGUGCAUGGCCUGAAAAAAUGGUCUGGCACGGCUCUAGCAACGAGGGUCACCGCCAGACUGACAACUACUGCGAGACAUGGAGGGCAGGAGACCGCGCAGUGACAGGCCUAGCAUCCUCACUGCAGUCCGGCCAGCUCCUACAACAGUUGCCCAGCAGUUGCUCUAGCUCCUACAUAGUGUUGUGUAUCGAGAACAGCUCUCUCUCACACUCCAAAAAAUAAUUUAAAAUACCAUCCCUGUCACUUUGGUCCAAGUAAACGCAUUACAAGUGUACAAACAGGCCCAUUCCUCCGCCCGUAAAAAUAUGACAUCUUUCGAACUGGGUCUGCAGCGCUUGCCUGGCAGAGAAGUUUCCCAUUGUCUUCUCCAUCCCUUCCAUAAUGCCAAAGAGACGGGUCGAACAGAGAGGUGUUUGCCUUUUUCUCGAGGCAUUGGCACAUAUUUUCCAAGGGGUUGAACAAGAGAAGAGAAGCUAACUGUGGCAGCAUUUUUUUUAAAUUGUAUGCGUAAAAAAAUAAGUUUGUAUAUGAUAUGUCUGAGUUUUAUUUUAUUCCUGAUUUUAUGUUACUUUUGAAGCUGUCUUUAAAUUUGGUAUAUUCAACCAUUUUAAUGUACCAUUUUCCAAAUGUUCGUUUUAUUUUUAUUCCAUUUAAGGCUUGUAGUUUACUAAAGGGUACAGCAACCUUUUAAAUGAUAUUUUAAGAAUUAAAGAAGAUAAUAGAUAUUUAUUUUUAAAUUAAGUUAUGUUAAAAAACACAAUUUGAUUUGGAGUAGUAACACAUGAAAAAUGCCUUAAUCCAUAUUGUAGUCAGCACUUUUUCACAGACUAUUUCAUACAUUUACACAGGUGAGGGUGUUUCUAACCUAAUAUGGAAAAUUGUACGUUGCGAAAAGGAGUGUGUGGUUUUAGAAAUGCAUGUCAAAAGAGAUUAUGCUUUGAUGUCAAGAUACUUAAAAAAAAAAAAAAAAGUAAAUAAAACUAAGGUAAGAUAUGAUGACUCUUAUAAUAAAUAUGACUAAUUCCUACAUCUGUCGAAGUUUACUGUACAUGUCUACUUGCCAUUUUACAUUUGGUGAACAUUAUGUUUUAUAUGUCCUCAUUGGGCAUAGCCUACACUAAAUUCAYCAUACUCAUAUCCAAGACGCAAGAUACAAGAUCUUUCGUAACCGUAAAGCAGAUGCCGAGACAAAUUUGAUGUAAGGGUCAAUUUUGCUUUUAAUCAAAAAAUAUAAUCCUAUUGAUAAUAACCUACCAUUGGGGUUUGAAAAUGUUUUGAGUUCAAUUUGGUGCUAAUCUCUAUUGGAGUGACUGCUGACUGUUGAGGAAACCCAGAUGUAUUUUAAUAAGACACUUUGUAGUGUCUUAAUAAGUAGCCUUGUGUUGAUACAUUUCUGAGACUAUCUUGGCUAUAGUGCUACUGUUGUGUCUUGACUGAACCAGUAUGAACCUGUGGAUAUUCAUUAUUUUUGUAACCACUAUGUGCUGUAUCAUUUCUCAGAGGCACUACAUAAAUGUUCUUUUUUAAUUCAUUUAAUUCAUUUUUAAUUCACGUUUUUUGCAAUAAUGUUUUGUGUGGCCAAUAUUUCAAUGUAGUGUUACAUUAUGACUGGAUUUGUUGUGGAAAAUGUGUGUGCUGAGCAAGUAGGUUUAAAAUAUGUAAACCCAUUUCCACCGACACUUGGACAUUAAAUAUAUUCUGCUACUAUCAUGUGGAUAAAAAUACAGAAGUUUCUAUUCUUA